UUCUGAGCAGCUGAGUCCAAAGGUCGCCACUGAAGACAGUUAGUGUUGUGUACACUAAACAUGUGCAACGCUGGAAGGAGGAGCUCAGUUUCUUAUGUACUCGAUGGACUUAAGAGUCAUGUUGUCAUUUAUUUCAAUAAGCUACUGAAAAUAAUAGCAGUUCCCCUAAGAUGCAGUGGUGCAGGUGGAUGGGAAACCGAAAGUCAAACACAAGAAGCCAGCCCACGGAGAUGGAGCUGGAGGAGGACACCUGUGACUUCCUCUUCAAGAUCAUCCUCAUCGGAGACACCAACGUGGGCAAGACUUGUGUGGUCCACAGUUUCAAGUCGGGAUUGUUUCUUGAAAGGCAGCAGAACACUAUAGGAGUGGACUUCACAGUUCGAACUUUGGACAUUGAUGGCAAAAAGGUCAAGAUGCAGGUUUGGGAUACAGCAGGGCAAGAGCGUUUUAGGACCCUCACCCAGGGCUACUACCGGAAUGCCCAUGGUGCCAUGAUCGCCUAUGACCUGACCCGCCAUAGCACCUUCGAAUCUCUGCCUCAUUGGAUCCAGGAAGUGGAGCAAUGUGGAGCACCCAGCAUAGUAGUCAUCUUCAUAGGCAACAAAUGUGAUCUUGAAUCUGACCGUCAAGUGUUGUUUGAAGAUGCAUGUACUCUGGCUGAGCAACGGGGGGCGCUAGCUGCACUAGAAACAUCUGCCAAAAUGGACCAUAAUAUUGAGGAAGCCUUCAUCUUGAUGGCAAAAGAACUCAUUGUAAGAAGCGGAGGGGUGGUCAAUCAGGAGCCCUACUCGGAGUCCCCUUACCCCCUGCUGCACUCCGACUCCCACACCAUAAACCUGGAGGAUCCAUCAGAGAAGAAGCCAUGCAGCUGCUGAGAACAGGUCAAACGCUAGAAUCAUACUGUAGAUAAGCCCUCGGCAUGACGUGGUUGUUAAACAUUUUUCAGAUAUGUCACAAUCCUCAGUUUUGUGCCACUUAAUCUGAGGUUCUGCCAUCAAGUGGAAGAGUUUGACUACUGUGCUUGAUGUUACAGUGGAUUAUGUACGUACAUUCAUCAUCAGGGAAAGGAUUUUUCUUUUUUUAAAUGUUAGCAGUGACUACUCAUAAACACCAUGUAUGUACUUUGUAUUUCAUGUAUUGUUUUUCUGAUUAAUGAAUAAUAUUGGUUCACUUUCAGGAUAACUUUAUACAAAUAAACAAAAGGCGAAAACAAAAAAUUAUAUGCACGUCCAGAACCUGGAAGUAGC